AUGGGUGUGCAAUCGAAUUUCUCACCACUUUCUCCACUGCCGUCGGAGUCGAGCAAUAUGAGUGCGUUGACGGAUCGGCCGCUCUCUGAAAUCUACGAUAAAGAGGACCGACUGUGCCCCGCUGCGGAACACCGUCCUUCGCGCCGGUUUGCCAGAUUCAAGACGCAGUUUGACGCACAAAUUGUGGGAAAGAAGAAAGCCCUUCGAAAUCGUAUAUUUCUUGCUCUCUUUCUGAUCGUUGUGGUCGGCGGUGUGAUUGUACUGAUAUGGUUCUCACUCGUGCUUGCUCUGAUCCAUCGACUCACACCGUCAAAUCCAUCCAAUGGACUACAGAAAAUCGUUGACCAGUGGGACACCCCGUCAGAUUCGGUGUCGUUAUUGACGCCAUGGCCCAAGGAUUUCAGCCAAGGGAUUGUCCCUGUCUCUUGCCAUUCCCACAACGACUACUGGCGCUCGGUUCCUCUGUAUGAGGCCCUCGCCGGUGGAUGCACCGGCGUGGAGGCAGACGUUUGGCUCGAUGGCAAAGACCUCCUGGUCGGUCACCGAAAGAACUCGCUGUCGCCAGACCGCACGUUGAACAGCCUGUACAUCGAGCCGUUGUCCAUUGCGCUUUCCAACCUGAAUCACGGCUCGUCUGCCAGUGCGCCGGUCGGCCUCUUUAACGUGGACCCGUCGACCACCGUCACCCUGUUGAUUGACAUCAAAUCCGACCCUAUGACCACAUGGCCCGUCCUCCACGACCAACUGAGUCCCCUGAUUGCUGGCGGGUGGCUAUCCCACUGGAACGGAACCAGCAAGGCGCUCGUCCGCGGUCCCAUCACCGUCGUCGGCACGGGAAACACGCAUUUCGAUCAGGUCGUCGCCGACCACGAUCGAUACAUCUUCUUCGACGCACCCCUUCCCGACCUCUCUCACAACUCCUCCUACGGGCCGGAAAACUCAUACUACGCCAGUGUCUCGUUGAAGAAAGCGGUCGGGACUAUCUGGCUCUGGGGACCCACGGCUGACCAACAGGAUGCCAUGCAGGAGAUGAUCCGCGCAGCUGCGGACAGAGGGCUGGUCUCUCGGUUCUGGAGCACUCCCUCAUGGCCGGUCAGUCUCCGUCUGAAGGUGUGGAGAUUUUUGGCGGAGCAUCAGGUGGGCAUGUUGAACGUGGACAAUAUUGUCGAAGCUACCAGGUGGAAUUGGGAUUGGUGCAUUGUCGCGGGGCUUGUAUUGUGCUGA